AUAAUAAACAAUAAAUAAAAUAAUAAGAUUAUAAUUAUAACCUUAUAAUAAUAACAUCUAAAUAAAUUAUUUUUUUCAAUAUUAAUAUGUCAGGUAUACAACCUAAAUUACAACCUAAGGGCCUAAGUGGAACCAUUGUAACAGAAACUAAAAUUUGUAGUAUUAACAGGACCAAUGGAAUAACCUACCGUGGUUAUAAUCUCAAAGAUUUAGCAGCUACAUCAUCUUUCGAAGAGGUUGCUUUUUUAUUGAUUUAUGGUGAAUUGCCUAACCAAAAAGAGCUAAACAACUAUUUAAACCAAUUAGCAUCAUAUAGAAAAUUAGAACAACCUUUAAAAGAAAUUUUGGAAAGAAUCCCAAAGAAUGCAGAUCCAAUGGAUGUAUUAAAUAUUGCAUGUUCAUUUUAUAGUACAAUAGAGCCAGAAUCAAGCCACAAUAAUGAAUAUAAAAUAGCAAAUAGAUUAAUUGGUUCAUUUUCAUCGAUUUUAUUAUAUUGGUACCAUUGGGUCAACUCAAAGAAAAGAAUAAACACUGUUACCCACCCAAAUGAUAGUAUAUCAAAGCAUUUUUUAAAACUAUUAAAAUUAAAAGAUAAUGUUUAUGAUGAAUUUGUUAGGGCAUUGGAUGUUUCCCUAAUACUAUAUGCAGAACAUGGAUUAUCAACAUCAACGUUUACAGCAAGAGUUACAGCAUCGACUUUAACAGAUAUGUAUAGUUGUGUAUCAAGUGCAAUAGGUGCCCUCAAAGGUCCAUUACAUGGUGGCGCAAAUGAAAGAGUAAUUGAAAUGUUGAAGACAUUCAAAUCUCCUGAAGAUGCAAAUGACCAAAUAAUGGAAAUGAUUAAAAACAAAAAGACUAUAAUGGGAUUCGGUCAUAGAGUAUACAAUAGUGAAUCCAAUGGGGAUCCUCGCAACCUUAUAAUCAAAGAAUGGUCUAAAAGAAUAUCAAAGUUUGACCAAAAAGAAGGUGGAAAUCCUUUACUUUUUUCAAUAUCUGAACGUGUCGAAGAUAUAAUGUUAUCGCAAAAGCAACUACACCCAAAUUUAGAUUUCUACACAGCCUCUACUUAUGAUCAAAUAGGUAUUCCAUUAAACCUAUUUACACCUUUGUUUGCUCUUGCAAGAGUCUCUGGUUGGUCAGCUCAUAUAAUCGAACAAAGAUCCCUCAACUCCCUAAUCAGACCUACUUCAAGAUAUUUAGGAACCUUGAAACCAUUUCCUCCAAUUAACGAAAGAGUUUUACAACACAACUAUAAUUUUACUUCAAAAUUAUAAGUUUUUAUAAAAAUAAAAUAGAUUGUUUUUCAUUUGCAAA